AUGGCUACAAUUGGGGAGGCGGAGAGUGCGGCGGCGGCAGGAUUACCACGACCAGCUGAUGAGGACCGCUCAGCGCCAGAGAGCACCGAAGACGUAUCCCUCAAGAGAAAAGCUGAAGACGAGAGACCCGAGGAUGAUUCCCCCAAGCGCGCGAAGCACGAUGACGACGAUCAGGACCAUGCUACAGCUUCGAAACGGCCACCAUCACCUAGCCAUGGCGACGACAAUGGGGAAGUCGCAUCAGCCGCAGCAACCCAAGACCGACGCAAAUUGGUGAUGCAAGAAGAGAAGAAGCGGGGGAAGCGGCUGUUUGGCGGCUUGAUGAGCACUCUAAGCCAGACAUCUAACACGUCCCAGCAGCAGAAGCGGCGGCAGGAAAUUGAGCGCCGCCAGCAAGAGCGUAUGCAGAAGCAGAGAGUUGAAGAUGACCAGAAGAGAAGCGAGAGGCUAGAGAAGCUGUAUCAGAUCCGCAUGGCUGAGCAGAUUGUGUUUGACGAAGAAGUGGUAAGAGCUGCGCGACACGAGAAGACUGGAGAAGAUGGUGCUGAUUCUGGAUUUUUGCAGAUGAAGAACAAGCACGAAAAACGAUUAGCCAUGGCGAAAUUUCUGCGGACUAGAUCUGAGCCUGCGAUUUUCUAUCUACCGUGGAAGGUCACAGCAGAUCAAAAAGACACCAUCGACGACCAGAUCCAGAGGGCGAGAGCCUCAAUAGAGAAGGAAGUUGAGCAAUUCAAGGCUCGGAAACAGCGGCACAUUGAGCGGUAUGGUCCCCCGACGAGGCAAACAAGCGUGACCCCUGAUGAACCUGCUGCUGCUGCUGCUGCCACGAGAGCGCCUGAACGCGAGAGCCCUGCCCGGAGCCCGCAUCACGGCGCCGACAAGCCCCAUCUACAAGAGCGAAGAGUAUCUCAAGACAUACACAAGGGCCAUCACGACGAAUCUGGUGAUGAUCUUGAAGAGGCUGAGGAGGACAUGGUGAUUUACUGA